GAACUCUUAAACUCUGUACUACCAGCGGAAAAAAGUCGAUAUUCCAACAGAGAAGUUACAUAAAAAGGCUGAGAACUAUCAUUCCAGGGGAUUAUAAAAUUACACUGAUCAGUUUUGAGAUUACAUUACAUAGGCCGAAUUUAGCAAACCAAUCACGAUGGCUGACCAAAGCGAGCUGGAUCAAUUGGCCACUGCCGAGCUGCAGAGGCUGCAGCGCCAACAUCGGGGUCUCCAGCUGGACCUUCGGGGUCUCCUCGAGGAGAAGGCCAAGCGGCUGAAGAAGCAGAAUCACAUGAUCAAUGUGCUGCAAGUGGAGCACCAGAAGCUGAAGGAGGAAAUCAAAACUCUAGAAGGGGGAACUCACGCGCGAAAGAACACCAAUAGGGAGAGGCACCUGGGCACUUUGCAGGAACAGCAGGCGGAUCUGCAGAAGGUGCUCCAGAAUGAGCGGACCAAUCUCUGGGAGCUGGAGGGCCACAUCCGGAAAAUGGAAAAGGAGAUUGAUGCCCUGCGGCGGAACGAAGUGCCCGACAACUGCUACAAGGACUCCAUCUGCAAGGUCCAGAAGAGCGUGGUCAAGUUGGAGAACCGCCUGGAUGUCGUCAACAAAAAGUGCAGCGAUGUGCUCACGGAAAACAGCAAGAUGAGGGACGCCAUUAACCACAUGUUGCAGGAUCGGGCAAACUUCAAUGACAUGUGGCAGUCGAUGGUGACCCAAUUCAACGAGGGCAAGAAGUUCAUCAUGGAUCUCAUAGACCAGUCGACCCUGGCCUUCGACCAGCGAGAAGAGCUGUGCAACAAGCUGACCGUCCUGAAGGAUCGCAACGAGAACGACAAGGUGAUGCAUAUCCAGGAGAUGCGCGAGAUGCAGCGGCGCCUGGAGCACGACGCCAAGUUACAGAAGUUCUUCGACAUUAAGGGACAAAAGCGACUCAAUCCGGAGCUGGAGCAGCGCGAGCUGGACAAGAAGCAGAGCCAGAAGGAGACCUACGAGAAGCAGCUCCUGGAGUACAAGGAGAUCAUCGAGAAGAUCAAGCUGCUCUACGGCGAGGAGGACGCGGACCGACUGGUGGCCCAGUUCAAGCGGCAGGAGGACGAGAACUUUGCCCUCUUCAACUAUGUGAACGAGCUGAGCCACGAGGUGGAAGUACUCAACGAUUCCACUCAGGAGCUCCAGGAUGAAAUAGAACGGCAGAAAUCGGAGCAGACCGAGAAGGAGUUGAAGCUUAAGACCGAGGCACUCGACUAUCUGAAUGCCGAAAAGGAGCGGAUCGAGCAGCUGGCGGAGGAGACCAGAGAAAAGAAGCGAACGCUGAGCAUCAGAUUGGAACAGCUCCUCAAGGGCAUCGAGGAUAUAUUCAGACAACUGGCCUGUGACGAUGCUCCCAUCCUGAAUGUGCUCAGUACCAAAACCUUUCUGACAGUCCACAAUGUGAAGCUUUUCAUUGGCGUCAUUGAACGCCGGGUCAACCUGAUCAUCAGCGCCAUCAACAUCGAGGAUAACUCCAACAAAAUACUGGCCCGAAAGGAUCGUGUUCCCAAGUUCAACAUACGGGAAUCGGCGAAGACUAAAAAUUAAUAAUACUAUCCCAAAAUACUUAG